CUAAAAUCCCUAGGGUUUUGAGGCGGUGGGUUUCUCUCUUAGGUCUGUUCUUCGGCUUCAGAGCUCCUUCUCUUUAUUUUUUUACUUGCAUCUGCUCCACUUGCUUGCCUUUUUUCUUGUUUCUUUUCGAUUUCCCUUUUUGUUUUGUUUCGUUUCAAUUCUUUCAAAUUUAGGGAGCGAUUGAUGGAAGGCUGUUUCAAAUCUACAGGAUGGAUUGCUAGGGUGGAGGUGGACUGUUUCGGUGGGUUGAGGAUGGCUAGGGUGGUUACAGAUUGGUUCAGUGGGUUGCGGUUGGAUAUGGUUUGGCGGUUCAAUUUAAAUAUAGAAACAGCAGAUGAAGGAAUUGGACCCAUGCUCAAUCGUGUUCGUCUUGAUGAGGAUGAAGACGACAUUCUCCCCUUGCUCUCGGUUUGGAAACUAGAUGCUUUCAAGGUGGAAAAGCUGUGGUUGGUGGGUAUUAACUCUUCAAAAUCUUCUCAAUUCCACUUUUGCUGCGCAAUAACUAAAGAGGAUGGCCUCCCAUAGGUAUAUGUCAUCUUAAGAUAGGGAAGACUACCAAAGUAUUGUUUGCUAUUUUGUGUAAUUCAGUCUCUUCUAAACACGCGUAUUCUAUCAUAGAAAUUCACAUUAAAUAAUUUUACAUAAU